ACAGGAAGUUGCAGGAAACUGGGCAGAGCUGGUGCUCCGGCUGGGCCGGCCGCUGGGCCACAGACUGGAGCCAGGCUGGGUCUGAGGACUGUUCGGCUGGAAGGAAUGCUUUUCCCUGAGCUCCCUGUUGUCCCUCAUCUCCAACAUCCCCGUUGGAGAACCUGCAGAUCGAAAGAGAAUUCAAAGACCUCUCAACCAACGCACACGCGCAGAUCCGAUCUGCAUCCUGGUUCAAACUGUUAGAAACCCCAAAUCACUGACGGCAAAACCAGCCAUUUAUCCAGCUUAAUGAGAGGGAUGGAAAGGUGAACAAUCACCAGGCUGCUGGAAUGGAGAGCCCCCUGGCAGACUGUGCUCAGGGUGGGCAUUUCCAUGUGGUCACUCCUCUGCUGGAGAGCCGGGCACUAUCCCAGGUGGCAGGCACGACCGUCUUCCUCAAGUGUGAGAACGUGCAGCCAGCCGGCUCCUUCAAGAUCCGGGGCAUUGGGCAUUUCUGCCAGGAGGCGGUCAAGAGGGGAUGCAGACACUUGGUGUGCUCCUCAGGUCACAUAUCCACCUCUGGGACCAGAAAGAGGACAGAAGGGGGCAACGCAGGCUUUGCUGCUGCUUAUGCCGCUCGGAAGCUGGGCAUCCCUGCCACCAUUGUGCUCCCUGAGGGCACCUCCCCGCACGUGGUGAGGAGGCUACAGGGGGAGGGGGCUGAAGUCCAGCUGGCUGGAAAGGUCUGGGACGAGGCCAGCCUGAAGGCACAAGAGUUGGCCAAGAGGGAUGGCUGGGUGAACGUCCCUCCAUUUGACCACCCCCUGAUCUGGGAAGGCCAUGCCAGCCUGGUGCGAGAGCUGAAGGCAGCACUGGGGACCCCACCAGGGGCCCUGGUGCUGGCAGUAGGUGGUGGAGGGCUCCUAGCUGGGGUGGCAGCUGGCCUCAUAGAGGUGGGCUGGCAGCAUGUGCCCAUCAUCACAGCAGAGACCCAAGGGGCACACUGUUUCAAUGCAGCCAUCAAGGCAGGCAAGCUAGUCACACUGCCAGACAUCACCAGUGUGGCCAAGAGCCUGGGUGUCAAGACUGUGGCCAGGAGGGCCCUGGAGUGCACGAAGGAGCUGGAGAUCUUCUCUGAGGUAGUGGACGAUGCCCAGGCCGUGAAUGCUGUGCAGAAGUUCCUGGACGACGAGCGCAUGUUGGUGGAGCCUGCCUGCGGGGCAGCUCUGGCUGUCAUCUACUCAGGCCUCCUGGGGAGGCUCCAGGCUGAGGGCCGCCUGAGCCCCUCCCUGGCCUCAGUCGUGGUCAUUGUGUGUGGAGGCAACAACAUCAACAGUCAAGGGCUGCAGGCCCUGAAAGCCCAGCUGGGUCAGAGCUGAGGGCCCCUCCUCCGGAUGGACACACCCGCAGGUGGCCGAGGGGCCUCUGGGCUCAUGGAUGGUGCAGCCGCCUCCUACAGGAAGCCCUCCUGCUCCCUGUGACUCCCCGCAGCCCUGGCCAAUAAAACCUUUCUGAGUUGAA